AUGUUUCAAUAUAGACCAGAAUAUAUGAAAACACUACCACCAAUAAUAGAAAACUCUCAAGAACAAAGCCAUGAAGGUUUAAUUUUUUUCACCUUACUGAACUCAAAAGAAAACCAAGAAAGUUCAAAUGGAUUAAGUAGAUCAAAUCAUGAGAUUUACACAGACAAGAGAUCAUCUUGGUCAAAUCCCAAAGUUCUUUUCAGGAAGUUUUUCUUUCCACCAGAUCUUAGCAAGCUUGAAAGUUAUCAAAAUCUCAAUCCACAGGUUCUCCAUGAACUGGAUCAUAUUGGAAUCCAAAUCAUGAUUCAGAUGAUGGUAGGACUUACCAGUAAUUCAAUCCAUCCACCCUUCUUGCAAUCAAAUGUGAAUUUAAUGACUCUUUUGAAAGAUGGUACAUAUGACAAGGCACUUCAAUUAGCACUAAGGUUAUUACAACAACCAGGAUCAAGUAUGAAAGAACACUUGUGGUUACUAGGUUUGUUGAACAUAUUAAGAGAUCAGCUUCCUAUUGGAGAGCUACCAACACUUAGGGAAGAUAUAAAAGAGGGACCUAUUUGUUGGGGAGUAUUAGAGCUUCUUUACACUCAGAGACUUGAUUUGGUACAAAUGGCCAAGAAGGUUUGGAAAGGGGAUCAUCUAUCUGAAGAUGAGAACAGAACCAUAGCAGAGGCAAUUGCCAGGGUAAAACUGCUUGCCAAAUUACAAGGUUGGAUCAAUCAAGAGAACUCAAGUCUAUCUGGCUACACCAAAGUAUUUCUUGAGCUACAUGACAAGCUUCUUCAAGAAGACAAACCAAUGAAAGAAAGGAAUUCAUUGGAGUUUCUCAGGAGCUGUUUGGAACAUGCAACAAACAUUGACACACCCAAAAGAGAAGUAUCAGCUACUUGUUGGAUAAUAAAACAUUUAAAAACCUAUCACCCAGAGAUCCAAGAAAUCUUACAACCUGUUCUAUUGAGACAUAAGCAUUUCCAAGAUCAAUAUUCCAAGGAAGAGUUCCAGAUCUAUAUGGAAAGAUUCUUACUUAAUGGAAACCUUGAUUCAUACCCUCUUAUUGGACAUCAUUUCUCAUCAUUCACCAAUUUAUCAAAAGUCAGUUUGAAAAACUUUGAGAAAGUUAUUCAUGCCUUCAAAGUUCAAGAGAAUGUAAAUAAUAUGAGGGAGAUUUAUGAUUAUCAUUUGAAAAAAACUUUCAUUCUACAAUCUUUAUACAGAAUCUCUUCAUAUACUGAUGGCGCAUCACAAUAUCUGGACACUCAAUUAAUAUGGAAAGAGAAUGAACAAAGAUUCAUAUUCAAAAAAAGAUUUUCUCCUGUGAUCAACAAUCUACAAGAAGAUGAUGUCUGUGCAAUAUGUAGGGAAACAUUUUUUCUGGGAGAUGGUGUAGUUAAAUUGAAUUGUCAAGGACACCAUCAAUAUCAUGCCAGUUGUUUCAUGCCAAUGGUAAUAGAACACUUAUCUGGCAAAGACAUUUGUUGUCCUCUUUGCCGCAAUAAGAUACAACUACCUUUACCUUAUGAUUCUUUCAUGGUCUGGAGAUAUUUAGAUGACUAA